AUGGAUACGCUUGGAGAUGCACUGCCCAACGCUGUGAGGGCCGUGGUGGAGGGCAACAGGAAGGGACACAAGCCGUACAUCAACAUACAGGGCUACAUGGUGGGCAACGGCUGCACCGACGAGGAGUACGACGGCAACGCACUGCCACCGUUCGCAGUCGGCAAAUCGCUCAUCAGCCAGCACAUGUACGCGCGGCUCGACCGCGCCUGCGACGGCAGCUUCUACGACGCCAAGUCGGACGGCAGCUGCGCGCAGAGGCUGCAGGACGCACGGGAGGAGCUGGCGGGGCUCAACGUGUACAACGUGCUGGAGGAGUGCCACCACGGGCCCAAGAUCCCGCCCUCCGCGCUCAACCCCGCCUCUGACGCGGCGGCCCCAACCCCCGCGGGCCCCGCCCAGCAGCGCCGCCUGCGCGAGGCGCAGCAGCUGCGGGAGCGCGUCGCCGCGCGCUACGGCGCCCUGAUGCGCGGCCACCAGGGCUGGCCCGUGACGGGCGGCGUCAAGAAGGGCGUCGUGCGCAACUGGGCGCAGCUCAUGGGCGGCCUCACCCACAACCCGCCCUGCACCGAUGCCAGUGAGGGUGACGUGUGGCUGAACGACCCCCGGGUACGCGAGGCCCUGCACGCCGCACCCAUCGACGCGGCGGGGGCACCCUGGACGAUCUGCAGGUGA